ACUGGGGAGAAGCCUUUUGGCUGUACAUAUUGCGAUAAAAGAUUUUCUAGGAGUUCUCAUUUAAUUCAACAUAAACUUACACACACUGGAGAAAAGCCUUUUGCCUGCUCACUUUGUGGCAAAAGAUUCACCCGGAAGGGACAUUUAAAAACACACACACUCACACACACAGGGGAGAAGCCUUUUGCCUGCACACUUUGUGAUAAAAGAUUUUUUCAGAAGAUCAAUUUAGAAAAUCAUCAGCAUACACAUACUGGAGAGAAGCCUUUCGCCUGCACACUUUGCGAUAAAAGGUUUUAUUGUAAGGCUUAUUUAGAAUUGCAUCAGCGUACACAUAGUGGGAAAAAGCCUUUUGUCUGCACAACUUGUGGUAAAAGAUUCACCAACAAGGGAGAUUUAAACAAACACACAAGGACACACACUGGAGAGAAGCCUUUCUCCUGUACUCUUUGCGUCAAAAGAUUUUCAACGAGAAGUCAUUUAAAACAACACACACAUACACACACUGGAGAGAAGCCUUUCUCCUGUACUCUUUGCGUCAAAAGAUUUUCAACGAGAAGUCAUUUAAAACAACACACACAUACACACACUGGAGAGAAGCCUUUCUCCUGUACUCUUUGUGUCAAAAGAUUUUCAAUGAGAAGUCAUUUAGAACAACACACACGUACACACACUGGAGAAAAGCCUUUUGCCUGCUCAAUUUGUGGUAAAAGAUUCACUCAGAAAGGAAAUUUAGUCUUGCACGAAAGAAUACACACUGGAGAGAAGCCAUUUGCCUGCUCACUUUGCGGGGAAAGAUUUUCUCAGAAUUCUAAUUUAAUUCGACAUAAACGUACACACACUGGAGAAAAUCCUUUUGCCUGCUCACUUUGUGGCAAAAGAUUCACCCAGAAGGGACAUUUAAAAAAACACACACUCACACACACAGGGGAGAAGCCUUUUGCCUGCACACUUUGUGAUAAAAGAUUCACUACGAAAGGAAGUUUAGUCAUGCACGAUAGAAUACACACUGGUGAGAAGCCUUUUGCCUGCUCACUUUGUGAUAAAAGAUUUUUUCAGAAGACCAAUUUAAAAAAUCAUCAGCAUACACACACUGGAGGGAAGCCUUUUGUCUGUACACAUUGCGAUAAAAGAUUUUCUGGGAGUUCUAGUUUAAGUAGACAUAAACGUACACACACUGGAGAAAAGCCUUUUGCCUGCACACUUUGCGAUCAAAGAUUCACCGAUAAGGGACAUUUAAAAAAACACACAGUCACACACACUGGAGAGAGGCCUUUCUCCUGUACUCUUUGCGUCAAAAGAUUUUCAAAGAGAAGUCAUUUAGAACAACACACACGUACACACACUGGAGAAAAGCCUUUUGCCUGCUCAUUUUGUGGUAAAAGAUUCACUCAGAAAGGAAAUUUAGUCUUGCACGAAAGAAUACACACUGGAGAGAAGCCUUUUGCCUGCUCACUUUGCGGGGAAAGAUUUUCUCAGAAGCUACGUUUAGUAUUGCACAUAAGAAAACACACUGUGGAAAAACCUUUGAAUUGCAAUGUGUGA